AGUCAGUCGAGAGCCAAACGAAGACAAAUAUAUUUCUUCGCUCUUCGCUCGCUCCUGAUUUUCUCAAAAACCUAAAAAAAAUAUUUAAAUUAUUUUUUCGCUCGCCGCCUCAUUUUUUUCAGAAAAAAUCCGAUGAACAACUUAUCAAUUUGGUGUGGCCUUUGUAAAUAAAACUUAAAUACAAUUGAGUUUGGCCAAUAUCUUUCAAGUAUUGGAACCCUCCUGAAGCAUCGACCUGUUUUAUAUUAAAUUUGAAAUUACCAUAUACAGAUAUUAAAACAAAUAUAUUUACAUUCGCCCUAUUCUUUUUCAAUGAAAACUAUGACGUUUAUUUUGUAUGAACAGCAAAAGUUACGGCGCCAAAGUUUAGUGAUAAUGGGCUGCUGUUUUGACGACGUCCUCGUAUAGUUGGAGAGAACGUUCCUGAGAUGACGUUACAGUUGUUCUGUCUUGUUAACAGAAUAGCCAGGAAGCUGAUUUUAAUGUUAAAUGCAACAAAAUGUGCGCAAUUUAUAAUAUAAUCUUGUUUAUAAAUGGAAAGGAGAUAUUAUAAUGUUAAUAUAAGAAAUGAAUUAACUUUUUUCGAAGUUCAUGUGAAAUGAACGACAGAAUAGGAUUGGCAAAUUAAAUAUGAAUCGCUAUUUGCCGAUGCUAUUCUGCCGGUCAUUUCGCACGAAUACCGAAAAAAUGACAUCAAUAAAUACAUUUUAUUUAAAUGGCAAUCGUCAUGGAACAAUGCUUUGUUCAAAAAAUUUCAUGAUAUAAACCUACUUAAGGUGAAUGACACUAAGGGAACAGCUAUUGUCAUGAAUACUUAUGAUAAUCUUGUAAUAAUUUCUUUUAUCAGCUUCAGAUAUAGUGUAAAUAGUAAAUGCAUGUACUUAUACAUGUCCUUUUACAACCAUAUUAGAACAUGUUCUUUUACAACUAUAUAAGGACAUGCACUGUGUAUCAUUGAAGGUUCUGUGUACACCGCCUUAUAAACACAUCUGCGGAUGUCUCUGAAUUGUUUUGGUACUUGUAACAUGUUUAAAUGAUGAAUUUUGCUGAAACCGGGGCUAGAGGGUGUGAACGGUAGCAUGCAUUUCCAAUACCAUACAUGAACAUGGUCAAUCAAACCGAGUCACCAACAUUUUCAUUUUUGUCGUGUUGUGCGCCCUGUGGGUUUUCAAAUAUUUUCAGUUUCACAAUUUUCAUACAUAAAUCAUACUACAGUUAAAAGGCUAGUUAUAAAAUUUGUAACAUAAAGCUUUAUAAAAAAUCAGAGUUCUUGUAGUUUAGAAAAAGGUCAGUUCAUAUUAGGCAUACCUGACACAUUUACUAAUUCAUCACGGGCGGGUACCUUCGUAGAACCACCGACCUUCUGUAAGCCAGCUGGUUAGUUUCCUCACAUGAAUUCAACGCCCCGAAUGAGGCUUAAACCUACAGUGGUGAGGGGCAAGUAUUUCGAAGUCAACGACCUUACCCACUCGGCCAUGGAGCCCCCACAGAAAACAAGAACAUAACAAACAAAUGACGGGCAUAUCCCUGGAACAAUAAUGGCAAAACAUCACUGGUAAUAGUUCACAAGCAAAAGGUAGAUGGGUGUCACGUCAUUGUAAACUGUUGCAAUGAUACUUCGAAUACGAUUUCAAGAGAUGGAAUCGUAUCACUUUGAAUUGUGUAAAUAUUUUCGGGUAUGCAGCUAUAUUUCAUACAAGUUCCAUAAAAUGAAAUGCAGCUAAUGGUAAUUGUUUUAACGAAACACACGCCACUCAAAGGCAGGCUGACGUGCAAAAUUACGUAAUGAUAACAUAAAGCAGUAUCCUGUAAUUCCAUUAUCACCAACCAAGGAAAGUGUUGAUUAUAUUUAAAUUCAAAACGUUUCAAUUAAAUUCUUUCACUGCAUUUUAGCAUACUGCAAAGAAGAAAAGUAAAUGAAUUAGUUAGGGCAGGAAAAGCCUUUUUUCAUUCUUAAACAAAACAAAAGCGUGGGUGUUCAAAAAUGGCGAAAAUAUAUUAGAAAUGUCUUGUAUUACUAUUGUUUUACACAUGCCACGGUAAGUGUUAUAGGAAUCCCAGGUCAGUAUAUACAGAUACAGAAAUUUAAAUCAUUAUAUAUAAUAACAAUAAUUUGUUAACACAUAACUAUAAUGCAUAUUGAAAACGUUUAUAAGUUCAUACGGGAAUAUAUAAAAAAAACUGGAACUUAUUUGUCAGUAGGAAGUGAGUAUUGUACUUUUGAGAACAUUGACGACAGAACUAAAAAGAUGUUAUGUUCCGAUAUUUUAUACGAUUUUGCUAUUUCUCUUGAAAUUAGAACCAUAAUUAAGUUCAUCAAUUAAUAAAACAUUUACCUAUAUUGCAUCUUUGAUAUAACAUUGUGCUGCAGUGUGCUAAUAGUCUUUAUAUACAUUUUUUAGCUGAAACAGAGUUACCAAGCUGGCAGGUUUGCAAUGACAAGUGCUAUUACCUGAGUAGCGAUGUGAACCUUACGUUUGGAAGUCAGACGACAUAUUGUCGGUCAAUGUCAAAAAGCAGGCCUCUGGUUUUAGGUUUUAUAGCGGAACAAACACUUACAACGGAGCUGUCAAUGUGCCGACUUGUCAAGAAAGAUAAUGAGCCGUACUGGAUUAAUAAGAAAGACCAGGUCCUUCAGAAUUCCACUAAUACGCGUUGUCGGACAAUACAAUUUUCUGGAACUAACUUGCACCUUGAUGAAGAUGUCCCAUGUUGGCUUUUGUCUCAUUCGAUAUGUGAGGCAGACAGAUCAUUCUGCCAGACUUCGGGGAACAAUAGCACAGUAAGGAAUGGAUGGAUUAAAGUUGCCAAGCAAAAACCAUCAUAUAAGCUGUCGAGUGCCAAAUACACAUAUUGCGAUGCAAAGUUUCUGUGUGAGGAGACAUGGCACAGUAAAAUAGCUAGUGCUGGAAACGAAUCCUUUAUGGAGUUAUUAGGUAUAUCACUUGGGAUUACACAACAAAUGAUGAUCGGCUUCUGGACUGAGAGUCCGGGUAUGAGCUGUUCACACGGACAAGGCGAAGGUUAUGUAACACAAUACACAGGACCAACCGUACAUACAAUAGAAAUACGGAAGUCAGUCAAUGUUUUCAAGGUGCUUUGCGAGAAAGAUGAUUCAACAACCAAAGCAACGUCGGCCAUGCUAUCAAGUAUAUUACAAACAAGAUUGCAGCCAAAUACACAAUCAGGGUUUUCACCCACAACUUAUCACCUAACUACAGCAUCAAAUCUACAAACAAACACGCAAUUGCGGCAAAGCCAGUUAUCAACAGAGCCUCUGAAAAUUCAGAAAACACAAUCAACUAUAGUUUCUUCUACAGCGAGCCCGACACCAGCAAGGUCGUCGAUGCAGAACUUAGCAACGUCUCUGUUGGCAUCCACAGAUGCGGUCUGGGACAGAAUUGAACAAGAAGAAUAUUUCGUCGAUUACAACCCGAUGAAUUACAAUCAAGCGGAAACGUUUUGUCGCGAGGUGAUGAAUGCAUCGUUGGUUAUGUUCCUCAAUCCUCUCAGAUACUUCACGGUCCUUGCACAGAUUGCUUUAACGAACAAUUCUUUUUGGGUCGGAGCUUGGUGAUUUAAAGUGAGCAUAUGGUUUCUGCAGCGAAGAAAAUAUUCUUGUAUUUAUGAAGAGUGACCACAAACGCUUGUCAGCAGCAUGACAACGACAUCCACAGGAGUUUUCAUACUGUUCUACUUAUUCUAU